UCUAUGCUUCUCUCCUUGGAAGAGCCGGCUUUGUAGAGUCCAAAGUGGACGGCCCUUGUUUUGAACGGUUUUUUUGUAUGUCUUGUUUGGCUCUUCUCUUUACCCUCUGCUUUCCAAAACUUCACUCUCUCCUUACAUCUGAGACUACCAUACAAGUGUUGGAGGUUGCAUCAAGGCGAAAGUUGUGCACAACUCCACCUCCUUUCGAGCUGAAUCUUGCCAACUCGGUCCAUGGAUCUCCCCAGUCGAGCUCGACUGGUUCUUUUGUGUGUGUCAAUCUUCAUUUUCUUGGAUGGUGUUAGCAGUAUUGAUAUAUUUCUCGAUUGGAAUGUCUCUUCGGAUUUGACAAUCGCUCCUGUUGGACAAAAGCAACUGGUUAUAACCAUCAAUGGCAUGUUUCCUGGCCCUCUCAUCAACUGCACCACCAACGACUUCAUCCACGUGAACAUAUUCAACAAUCUUGAUGAGCCUUUCCUCAUGACAUGGAAUGGAAUACAACAAAGGCUAAACUCUUGGCAAGAUGGGGUCUCAGGAACAAACUGCCCCAUCCAGCCAGGGACAAACUGGACAUAUGCAUUUCAGACUAAGGAUCAGAUCGGCAGCUUCUUCUACUUCCCCUCCACCCUCUUCCAAAAGGCGGCUGGUGGAUUCGGACCCAUUAGAGUCAAUAAUCGUAUCGUUAUUAAUGUUCCCUUUGAUAAGCCUGCGGAAGAAUUCGACGUCCUCAUCGGAGACUGGUACUUCUACGAGUACAAGAAUGCACGAGAGAUUUUAAGCACUGGUAAGUAUGAUAUGGGCCUUCCGCAGGCCAUUCUUAUCAAUGGGAAGGCACCCUAUAACAACCCAUGGUCCAAAGAACAUGAAAUCUUCACUGUAACCCAAGGCCAGACGUAUAGGUUCAGGAUAUCAAAUGUGGGCUUAAAUAUGACUUUGAAUUUUAGGAUUCAAAACCACAAAAUGAAGCUAGUUGAGACUGAAGGGUCCUAUACAAGCCAAAUCAUGUUGGAUUCUUUGGAUGUGCAUGUUGGCCAAUCCUACUCAGUACUAGUCACUGCCGACCAAAAUGCUGGGAACUAUUUCAUGGUUGCCUCACCUAGACUGGUGACUACCGCAGAUAACCCUAACUUGAUGGGCAUUGCUGUGCUACACUAUGACAGUAGCACCACUGCUCCAAUUGGCUCUUUGCCUGUAGGGCCUGACCAACUUGAUCAAGAAUUCUCAGUAAACCAAGCCAGAUCCAUCAGGUGGAACAUGACCACAGGAGCAGCUAGACCCAACCCUCAAGGCACAUUCAAUGUAACCAACGUGACCAUAAAUCAAACUUUCAUACUCCAUAGCUUCCCAGUUGAGAUAGAAGGCAAUACUCGCUUCACUGUAAACAACAUCUCCUACCUAACACCCACCACACCACUCAAGUUGGCGGACCACGCUCUCAAUGGUUCAGGGGUCUAUAUACUUGAUGCCUUCCCCACCAAUGCAGUUAGCCCUGUUGCUGCCAUUAACACAUCUGUUGUCACUGGCAUUCAUAAAGGAUGGAUCGAGAUCGUUUUCGCUAACAAUGCGCCACUUGUAGACACUUGGCACUUGGAUGGUUUCGGAUUCUACGUCGUGGGAUUUGGAGAAGGGGUGUGGAGCAAAGAAUCACGUGCAACUUACAAUCUGUUCGAUCCGGUGGUGCGCUCAACUGUACAGGUUUAUCCAGCAGGAUGGACGGUGAUUUAUGCAUUUUUAGACAAUCCAGGGAUGUGGAACCUAAGGUCUCAACGAUUACAGAAUUGGUUUUUGGGCCAAGAAUUGUAUAUCAGAGUACACAAUGAUGACCCGAACCCGGCCAAGGAGCGCCCUCCGCCAGAUAACCUCCUGACAUGCGGUAUACUUGAAGGUGUUGUUUAGAUUGCUCUUACCAGUUUUUGCCUGUCCCAAGAAGAA